AUGAAUCAAAUACCAUGGCCUCAGCAAUCAAAAAUCGUUUUACGAAAGCCACCAACUACAGUUGAUCAACUUACAUCAUUAUUUCACAACACUGGUUUCCUGGUAAGCUUUCUCUACCUGAUAAGCUCAUUAAUUGUAAGGCCUUUACUGCAAAAAUCACACAAGCAAAGGUUAGAACUGUCCUAUGGAACGUUACUAAAGUUGAGAAAGCUGGUCAAUAGACUAUCGCAAAAGUUGAAAACCGUUCCAAUGGCUGUGAUUGGGUUUAAUGAGAGAACGACGACCAUUGGGGAUAAGAAUAUUAAGUAUGUUGAUCGCUGUAGCCAAACAUCAGAUGAUGAAUUUGAACGAAGCAUAUAUAACGAAUGUUACGAGGAACCUUCUAGCACAAAUUGGUCUCAAAUUACCUCGAGGUUAGACCAAAUGGCUUCCAAGCUCAUUGCCUUUAAUUAUGAAAAUGCAGAGUCUUUGGAUAACGUAGACAGCUUUGCACUCGAAACCAAGUUACUUAUUGAUGGACUGUCAAACAACCUUGAUGUAGAACAUUGGAACAAGAAAUAUGAAGAAAUCAGCGAAAAUAUUCAUGAGCUGAAAGGAUGGUUCAUUAGAGGUGUUGUACCUGCCUAG